UACUUCGCUAUAAGGUCUCACAUCAUCCCAUCCAUCCCCUGCUCUUGCAGCAGCCAGCACUUGCUCAGGAAACGGGGGAUCUCUGAAUUUUCCAUCCUCAGGUAUAACCCAGACUCCGUCAUCAUGUCCGAGGAGGAAGUUGAAUAUGAGGAGGAGCAACAGGAAGAAGAGGAACAACCUGAAGAAGAAGUGACUGAAGAACCUGAGCCAGCUCCUGAGCCAGAGGAAGAACGACCCAAACCAAGGCCGGUGGUUCCACAGUUGGCUCCUCCAAAAAUUCCUGAAGGGGAGAGAGUGGAUUUCGAUGACAUCCACCGCAAGCGUAUGGAAAAGGACCUCCUGGAGUUGCAGACCCUCAUUGAUGUACACUUUGAGCAGAGGAAGAAGGAGGAGGAAGAACUCGUUGGUCUCAUGUCAAGAAUUGAACACCGACGAGCAGAACGGGCUGAACAACAACGUGUCCGCACUGAGAAAGAACGGGAGCGACAGGCCAGACUUGCUGAAGAGAAGAUGAGGAAGGAGGAGGAAGAAGCUAAGAAAAGAGCUGAAGAUGAUGCAAAGAAGAAGAAAGUCCUCUCCAACAUGGGUGCUCAUUUUGGUGGAUACCUGGUAAAGGCUGAGCAAAAGCGUGGCAAGAGGCAGACGGGCCGUGAAAUGAAGAUCCGGAUCUUAACAGAGCGAAGGAAGCCUCUGAAUAUAGAGAACAUGAACGAGCAACAGUUGAGGGACAAAGCCAAAGAACUGCACGACUGGAUCGAACAGCUUGAGUCUGAGAAGUUUGACUUGAUGGAGAAACUCAAAUGCCAGAAGUAUGAGAUCAAUGUCCUUUACAACCGUAUCAGCCACGCCCAGAAAUUCAAAAAAGGUGCCGGCAAAGCCAGACUUGGGGGCCGCUGGAAGUAAAACAAAAGAAGCCCAUAUGUACACCUGGGCCUUGUUGGCUAUACAAGUGAAUAUUGACUCCAUCCCAUUGUUUGCCUUUGUAUAGUUUUGUGCUGAAAUAUGACUACUCUGCCCCAUGUCCAUUCUCCUCUCCUACCUGUCAUGUGUGUCUGUAACAUGUUGCAUGUUAUAAGCCAUACACAAUAAAGCAGCUUCCCUCCUUUG